AUGAAUGAAUACAUUUCGAAAAGUAGAAAUUCAAAUGAAUUGGGAGAUUUAUUUAAUUAUUAUUCGAAAAACUCUGAAAAACCUGAAAAUAACUUCUUUUUGGCUGUAGAUGGAGAAGAAAUUGUUGGACAUGUUGCUCUUGACAAGUGGAUUUAUCCAGGAGAUGCAUUUGAAGAUGCUGAAUUUAUUCAAGAAUGUGACCGAGUACAGAAUACCUCUUUGAAAAUGCUUGAAAUUAGAAGAAUGAGUGUGAAAAGCUCAUAUCGUGGAGGAGGUGUUGCUACUGCUCUAUUAAAACAUGUUUUUAAGUAUUCUAAAGAAUUGGAAAUGGAUAGAAUUAUACUCAAGACAAGUUCACUUCAGGUUGGUGCCAGAAGAUUGUAUAGCAAACUUGGAUUUGAAAUUUUGGGAGUUUUGAGAUUUGGUCCACCAUUUUCAGUUUUUAAAUUCAUGAUUGACACCUCGAAAAUAAAUAUAUCUAAAUAA